CUGCUGCUGUGCGCCGUGGGCGCCACCACGGCCGGGAAACUACCCGCCAACAUCAAGCGGUGCUCCCGCUCGGACCCGGACACCAACGAGUGCCUCCGGCUCGCGGUCGCCGACGCCCUGCCCAAGCUCAAGGGCGGGCUGCCCAAGCUCGGCGUGCACCGGCUCGACCCGCUCAUCAUCGACGAGCUGCGCAUCUCGCAGGGCUCGGGGCCCAUCAACAUGGACCUCACCUUCACCAACAUGACCACCACAAAGAUCCUGGACGACGUGGCUGUCACCAAAGUCAAGUUCGACUACGACAACUUGAUCCUGGAGGCCACAACUAUAACGCCAGCCGUGCUGGCCAAGAGCACGUACACCGUCAACGGCAGGGUGCUCCUGCUUCCAAUCAGGGGCUCCGGCCAGAGCACCGUCAACCUGUAUGACGUCACUACCGACCUGGUCAUCAAGGGGAAACUGCUGACCAAAGCCGACGGCAAGAAAUACUUCGACAUAAACGACGUGGUCGCGAAACUCACGCCGAAACGAAUGGAAAUGAAGAUGGAGAACCUGUUCAACGGGGAUAAGCAGCUCGGUGACACCAUGAACCGCGUCCUCAACGACAACUGGGAGCAGGUGUACAGCGAGAUCGGCCCCUCGUUCGCCGAGGCGUACCGAGAGCUGUUCAAGCGGCCCGCCCGCGCGCUCUUCCUGCACGUGCCGAUCGACGACAUCUACCCCCUCAAGUUGUAGAAGGGUCGUCGUCGCCGACAACCCAAGCACGCCAUUGACUGUUAAUUGAGGACUGUGAUACAUAGUAUUAUGAUAUUUUUUCAAAUGUAGAUAGGAUAGGAGUGAGUUAGAAUCACACUUUCGCAAUAAAGAGAGAGAGAGA